AAUUUAUUAAUUUUGUUUCAGGUACAGAACAAAUCACCGAGUGAAAAUACAUAAUUUGUGCUUACGACCUGAUCACAGAUAUGUUUGAAAAUCAUCGGGUUGUAUUGGUUCAUUGGGUAUAGAAAUACGUUGCAAUUAAAACUAUAACUGAAGCGACGUGAAAUGGUACUCAGGUGAUGGACAAACACCUCGCUAUGAUUCCAUUUGCACUCUCCAGCAAGUCGGUCUAUUAUUGGCUGUGCUGUUUUCUCACAGUCACCAUAGUACGACCAUCACACACAAAAGAAUGUCGUUCACAGCUUGGUAUGGAGUUCAGCAAAAUUCCAGACCAUAGGAUCACAGCUAGCUCAUCGUAUGAAGUCAAGUCAGUGGGACCCCAGAAUGCACGAAUUCGCCAAGAGAAGAACGGAGGCGCGUGGUGCCCAAAAGCGCAAAUCAGCAGCGAAGUAAGAGAAUAUCUAGAGAUCGACCUAGACGAAGACCACCUGGUCACGUGGACCGAAACGCAAGGCCGAUGGGGUAACGGUCAGGGACAAGAGUUCACUGAGGCGUUCACCGUCGAGUAUUGGAGAAAGUCCAUUGGCCGAUGGGUGGAAUACAAAGACUCAAGAGAAGGCAGGGUAUUACCGGGCAAUGUAAAUACUUAUUUGUCGGUCAAUCAAGAAUUGGAACUUCCAUUCGUGGCGAGUAGAAUACGUUUCGUGCCCUUUAGCGCACAUCCUAGAACCGUUUGCAUGCGUGUGGAGAUCUACGGGUGUCCGUGGGAACAAAGUGUAGUUAACUAUGUGGCACCUAGGGCCGACACCGAAUUCGAAGACGUCAGCUACGAUGGAGACCUGGCACGGUCACUCAUGACAGGUGGUCUGGGAAUGCUAACGGACAGCUUGUACGGAGCAGACGAUUUCUUGCAGUUCGAUUUGCAAUUCCAUAAGCCUCUCAGCAAGAGAUGGGUCGGUUGGUCAAACGAUUCAAUCGGCAAUAAGUUGGAUUUGGUGUUUGAGUUCAACGGAUUCCGCAUGUUCAAAGAAGUGAAAAUCCACAGCAGCCAUAUACCGACCAGAGACGUAAAGGUGUUUAGUAUGGCGUUGAUUUACGUCAGCUUGGACGGGGACAAAUGGCAAGAAUGGCCGAUAAAGUUUAGCACAAAGUCGGAGGCCAUUAAGGACACCGCUGUAAACAUAACCAUCAAUCUGAAGAGCAGGGUGGGCCGGUAUAUCAAGAUAUGUCUCUAUUUUUCUGCUCGAUGGAUACUCAUCAGCGAGGUCUCGUUUGAGUCCGAAUUGGUCGCUGCGAACAUAACCGAAGGAUUGUUAUCGCAGUUCUACACUCAAAAGGAAACUGGAUACGAACUUCGCCAGAGCGGCGAUACGACACACGCGAGGAAGGAAGUUACUACAGGACCCAGUCCGGGCAACAGCACUCAGACGUACGUGGGCCUGGUCACAGGAUCGUUGGCCAUGACGGUGCUGCUGGUGGCCGGCGUGGCCGUCGGGCUGGCGCUGAAACGUGGCCGGCAGAAAGUCGCGCUGCUUCAGUUCAAGCAGGCCACUCUCGGGGCUCCCAAACAGCAGUCCAUCAACAUGAAGCACCUGAAAAACGGGUCCAAGACCACCGUCGGGUCGUCGUCGCUGUACGGCCGGAGCGGAGCCAUGUUGACCGGAGGCAUCGGAAUCGGCAUCGGCGUCGGUGGAGGCGGAAUCGGCGGCGGGCGAGUCGGUGGUCACGUUGGACACGAGUCCGAGGACAGCGACAACUCGUCCGUUUACCACGAGCCGUACAAGCGGUUACCGUCCGGCAAGAAUCACGAUUACGCGCCGACCACGUUCCUGUUCAAGAAAGACGUGUCGGCGUUGACCACAAGCAAAAGCAGCGAAUACACGGACUUCACGAGCGUAGGCAGUUUCGGGCAGGACGACGUCAAAUACUCAUCGCCUUCGAUGUACACGCUAAACCCGCCACCACCGCCUAGCACCAGACCGCCACCGCUCUUGCAGCAGCAAUCCGAACAGCUGAACAAAUCGCUUCCGGCCAAUCUGCACAACUACUACGCGGCCAUCGACAUAAUCAAGACGGAGCGCAAGGAGCAGCAUUUCACGCCAGGUGUGUUCACGUGCAUGAAGCUGCCGGAAGACAAACAGGACGAGUGCAGUCAGACGUCGCUGUACGAGAUAUCUCGGAACCGACUGCGAGUGAUCGAAAAACUAGGCGAAGGCAAUUUUGGAAUGAUCCACUUAUGCGAAACGGACGGGAUACCCGAGUACAAUGCCACGUCGACGUUCCACAAAAGACAAGUGAUCGUCAAAUCGCUUCGGCGUGGCUGUGGCGAACAAAACAAACAAGACGUGAUGAGGGAGACAAAGUGCUUGUACACGGUCCGGGAUCCAAAUUUGGCACGAAUUGUGGGCGUUUGUAGUCCCGACGAGCCUCUGUGCAUCAUACAGGAAUAUUGCGAAUACGGUGACUUGCCUAGUUUCUUGAAAGUCCAAACUACGGAAUCUACGGAAGCUCAUCCUACAAUCAAUUACGGAUGCUUGCUAUACUUCGCCACACAGAUCGCAUCGGGCAUGAAACAUUUAGAGGGUAAGGGGAUCGUUCACAGGGACUUGGCCGCGAGGAAUUGCUUGGUGGGCAAAAACUAUUCGCUAAAGAUAUCCGAUCACGCAUUGUACUGCAGUCAGUACGACUCGGAUUAUUACGUUAGUGACACUAAGUCGAGAUUGCCGAUCAGAUGGAUGUCGUGGGAGAGCCUGCUUCUGGGAAAGUACACGUCGAAAAGUGACGUCUGGUCAUUCGCAGUAACCCUGUGGGAGAUACUCAUGUUCUGCAGCCACCAGCCGCUGGCGGAGCUGACCAACGAACAGGUGGUGGAGAAUGCCAACCACAUGUACCUGGCCAACGGCAAGCACAGGUACGCGGAACCACCGCCCAGCUGCCCGCGAGAAAUGUACGAGAUCAUGGCCGAGUGCUGGAAGCGCGGCGACUCGGACCGGCCGAAGUUCUCGGAGAUCCACCUGUUCCUGCAGCGCAAGAACCUCGGGUACAUACCGGUGAUAUGAACGGACACUACAACGCUUCCACGACCACCCACACUGCUACUCACCCACAUCGCCCAAGACCUCGACUAGCGCGGUAGGUACAUUGUAAUAAUAACAAUAUUAUAUUAUUAUCGCGAUAACGGUGAUGACGAUGUCGCGUCACGCUAUUUUGAAUAUUCGGGUAGGUACAUUUUCCCUGACCCUCUUCCCACCCCUAACAGGUGGAAAUUGUCCGAACGACCUCCGUGUGCCCCACGAUGUUCGUGUAAUGUGCAUAUAUCGCUGCGUAUACCGAUCGCAUAUCCUGCACCCUUCCACUGCUGAUCCAGAAAAUAUAUACCUAUGUUAUACAUAUAUAAUAAUUACUGUUCAUUGUUUUUUCCUACUAUCGUCCGUUAAGAAUGUUGCCCAUUAAACGCGUGUGGACGCCCAACAAAUAUGUUGUCUUCUCAAAUCCGUGGUAAUGAUAAUGAUUAUUAUUAUUAUUAUUAUUAAUAUUAUUAUUGUAACUAUUAGUAUUAUAUCAUUAUAAUUAUUGUUAUGAUUUAUAAGACUGUAUAGUGUAUACUUAUUGUAAUCAAAUAAUUGUACCUGUAAUGUCAACAUAAUAGUCUCCAGCAUCGAAACUUCAUAUACCUACCAGCUAUUAUAUACAAUAGAAUAACUGCACAUUACUAUUUAGCACCAAAUACCUAUUACGGUCUCCUGUCAAAAAUAAAAAACGGACAAAAUCCAAACCUAAAUAUUCAGUCAAUUCUUACAUCUCCGUUCUGGCCCGAGUUUGGUAUCUUCUCGUAAUAUUUUUACGUCGACCAAUAUCGUUUUUUAACAUCAAUAAUGUGGUCAGUGGAAAAAAUCUCGUGUUUGUUUCCUACGGUACUAUAAUAAUAUUAUUAAAUGUUUGAAAUCAUUUUCGUCUGUUGAAUUUGUCGUACCAGACGACUUUAUGGUCUUAACAUUGUCAUCUGAAGAUUUUUGUCGCCUUUAAAUCGUUUGACUUAGUUAGAAUCCCCGAAUAUAAUAACAAUAUGUUUUUCGAAAGCCGGACACUACUGCAAUAUAGUACAAUACUAUAUAUAAGAGUAUUAUGUGCAUGCGCGUGUUGUAGGGGAUGUUUAUUGCUCAAACGCAAUGCCAAGAUAUUUAAAAUUUAUCGUCAUGUGCAUCUCGACUUCUAAACUCGGUUUAACGUCAUUUCCAGAACUAUACAAGUUUAUUAUACAUAUUAUAUUAUUGCGUGUGUACUUCAGCUGCCAUUACCUUGUACAACCACAUUACUGUACGCAGUAAUAUUUCAAAGGUGUAUUCGAUUUCACAUUUGAACAUCAUAUUUUCUACUCACCACCCGUGGCCAACACUUUCCCACACCGCCGGACGGAUGGCAUUAAUUACGUCUUAUUACUUAAUGGUCCUUGUUUUUAUUGCUAAUAAGAACCAAAAUAUGUAAUCAAUCUAUUUUACACGCAAUGUCUUCCACGAUUUAACCCUUUAAAUGGCGAAGCACUAAACAUUUGCCUUGCAAAUGAUUAUGUUUCGGCCCAAAACACACGUGUUGGAAAAUAUCUAUUCCAUAAUAUUACAGUUUUUAUUUCAUUUUUCCAAUAUUAUGCAUUUUUUG